AUGCUGGCGUCCAAAUUUCUUAUCCUGAUAUCAGCGAUAUUCUGGUGUUUGAAUGGAGUUCUGGCUGUCACCUGCGCCGAUGAUCCCACGGAUGCCAAUUGCAUCGAUUGCACCACCGACACCACCAACGAUGAAUGCACCACCACUACAACAACAACCACGGUGGCUCCAACUUCCUCCACAACCACAACAACAACACCACCAACAAUAUUUGCAACCAUUAAGAACAUGAAGCUCAGAGUCAAAAAUAAAAUAAUGAGGUUGUUAACAAAACAGUUUUAA